UCACACAAGUUUUUACAAAGUCUGGGAACAAAGGCGAUGGACAUGGCGACUUUACGACGACAAUCAAGACCCAGAACAGCUUUGACUAGGCAAGAUCGUGGCUCGUGCUCUUCAACCUCAUCUUGCCCCAUCUUCUCUGGACCUCACAGUGACCGCGAGGAUGUCCGUUCUCUGCGCCGCAUGUCCUCGCCUGUCUUUAAAGGCUCUUUUCCCAGUCUCCAAGGCUCCAAAACUCCAAGUUCAAACGGUUCUUGUUCUAGCCUCCAGGGAUCUGUUCCAUGCCUGCAAGGCUCUUUGCCAAGUCUGCAAGGAUCUCUUUCUAGCUGCAAAAGUUCUCUACCCAACCUGAGGGGAUCGGURUCUCAGGUGAAGCGGCGGUCGCUGGGCAGUCUGGAGAACGCCAGCCACAGCUCAAAUGAGUGGAGUACCAGCCUUCAGAGCGGCAACGGCAGCUCUAGCGAUGAUGAUGAUGGCAGCUGGGAUACAAAUAGUUGGGGCUCAGGGGCUACCUGCCUGUUGCGCACACCUAUUAAACAAGACAGUAGUGAGGCUCCAGGUGGCRCAAGUGGAAGAAGCUGUCCACCUGUUCAGGCUGCUUCUCCUGCCAGAACAGAGAAUGACAUUAUUUACCAGAACAUUGUGUUCUCACGCCCAGCUGAUUGUAAAAAGGACAGUAUUCCUAGGACUGUAAUGACACAGAAAGACACAGGGACCCUGAACAUGUCCUCAUCCUGCUUGGGUAAGAAUGUUUCUACAGUUUCUGCUCAUGAUGAAGAAGAGAAAGCAGAGGACAGGCGCAAGUUCUCCCAGUUUCUGAAUGAGGUAACAGGCAGGGUGUUAAAGUCCAACGGUAAGCCUCCUCAGCAGCCAUCGAACCUCCGCCACCACCCCCAGGCAACCCCAUCUCAUCAACCCCUUCUUUCUGCCCCAACAAACUCACCGCCACAGUUUACUUCAGCCACAAACUCAUGGUACAGRCCGACCAGCUCUAACCUACAGACCAUCAGGGAGUAUGACUCUAAGGACAUUACAAGCUCCAUCCAACAAUGGAGCAAGAUGCUACCCAGCUGCAAGGUUUUAGAGCCUGAGGACAUGUUGAGAAAAGUAAAGGAAGAGAGUCUUUGUUACCCACAGCACCAUCUAAAACAAUCAAAAAAGUUCCAAACACAGUCGUGUACUGGGAGGUUUUAUCUAGAGACAGACAUUGACAGAGUGAGACGGCUUGAUGAACUGGUAGUUAAUGGCACCCUUGGGAAAGAUAUCAAUGAAACUYUACUGGAGAAAGCCAUGGAAAGAGGAAAAGACAAGGGAAACAGGAUUCCUUGGGAGAGAAACGYAGGAUUUGGGAUGGAAAAGGGGAACGAAUACAAAAUACAGAGCUCCUGGGAAAGAGAUAGAGGAUUUGAGAAAGGUAGAGAGAAGGAAAAAGAGAGAGAAAAACCCUGUAAGGAGCAAGACAGGACUGAAAGAGGAAGAGAAAAAGAGAAGAAAGCAGUACUUUCAAAUUAUGAGCCACCACCAAAUCAAGGCACUGGGGGGCGGAAAGACCCCUGUCCUGUUUUCAGCUGGCCCGAAGGAUUUCCAAGAAUGGCCUARAGGUCUACAUCUCUCCCCAGAACUGUCAAUACUACUGAAUCAGACGGGGAGACGCGGUACGACACGAGUACUUUCCAUGACCACAAAGAUGACCUUCGGAAGCGCCUGUCGUACACAACCCACAAAUUAGAGAUGGUGGAAACGGAGUUCGACUCCACCCGGCAGUACCUGGAGACGGAGCUGCGGCGUGCCCAGGAGGAACUGGAGAAGUUCACGGAGAAGCUGCGCAGGAUCCAAAGUGGCUAUGCAGCGAUCCAGAGGAUCAACCAGGAUUUAGAAGACAAGAUGUGCCGGAUGUCUCAGCACCACGAAGAGGAAAAGAGAGCCCUCAGCCGAGAAAUCAUUCUUCUCAACAACCACCUAAUGGAGGCGAAGAUCACCAUUAAUAAACUCAGAGAGGACAACGAUCUGUCCAGAAAAGACUGCAACCUGGCUGCCCAGCUACUGCAGCGCUCCAAGUCUCACCACAGAGCGCACAAGUUGUCUGAGCUGCCCCUGGAAUUCCAGGAACGCAUCAGUUCCUACUUGGAGAAACAUAACCGGGGUAGAGGAGCCAAUGUGUCAAUAGGUCACGGCAAUUACCCCGACGAAGUGCCCACAACUAUCAUUGCCAAGGUCCUAGAAAAGCCUGAACCCGGUAGCAGCUCCCCGAAAACGUGUUCGCCCAGCCCGCACCAGGAUGGAGACUUCCUAAUAGGAACAGGAAGCACUGAUCACCUGAACCGCCGCAUUGCGUAUAAAACAUCUGACCUGUACUGCAGUGACACGGCCCUGUAUUGCCCUGAACGAUGGCAAGACACAGAGCGUAGGCAGAGCGUUGAUCUCCACGGCACAGGCUUGAUUCAGCUGCACGCCCAAAACUCCAUCGAAAGUAACCCAGAUGAAGAUCCUUUUCAGUCUGGAAGUUUCUCACACCAUGAGCCCCCAGCUUCUUUUCACCACCCAGAUGAGUUUGGUACUGGUAGUCUCCCAGUCUCCAGUUCCUACUCCAGCUUCAGCCUUGCGUCAGAUGAGAAGGGGGCGGUCAGUGGUGGGUACGGGCGCAAUGCCAGCAGCACCUUGUCUUCUUCGCACCAGGGUCUCUAUAUGGACUGGCGAGAUGGUGGCAGUGGGGACUAUGAGCGGAAAAGCAUGUCCUCUUAUGAAAAAGACAGUCCCAGCUUCUCCAAAUCACACAGCAUUCAACAAAUGGCAACUUCCAGGAGUCCACAGAAGGGCAACUUGCCCAUGUACACAAGGACAGCUUCAUGUCUCAGUGAACCGUACCACUCCAGCAGCCCUCGCCUGGCGUCCUCUCACAGCAAGAGCUCCACAGGGUUACUGGACCAGGCUCAGGGAGGAGCUCUAGACACCCGAAAUGACAUACAGGUCCCUGAGGAUGACUUGAGUAUCCGCUGGAAACAGCUAAGCGUGGAAGACAUGAACACCUUCUCAUCUCCUUACCGCGAUGUUGCAGGGCGGAUUUCUCCGUACAGUUUCUCUGAACGACACUUCGCCAUGAGCUCCUCCAGCAAAGUCAAGGAGUCCCUCUACAGCAGCUUCCAAGAAGGAGACGACGUCUUCCACAGCCACGUGCUUGACCAGUGUUUUGGCAUGGGCUCCCCUUCACCCACCCGCAGUCCCAAACCUAAAGAGCACCGUAAGCAGGAGAAAACAACUGRGUUGUACCGAGCCAAGGACGACAGUCAAGACUCUGAAAGCAGCCUGUUUCUCUCAGGGAGCUCUAAGGACAAGGAAAGCAGCGGUGGAGCGACAGCAGCUAACAGUGCCAAGAAGGACUACAUGAACCUGAGUGUGGACAGCUCCGGUGAGUCCUUGCACCACAGCUCGCUGGAAGCUUCGAGUCUUCAGCACUACCCCAGCCCCAGGCCAAGCGUUCGGCCUCGCCCGAGCUCCAGCUCUGCCAUCAGUGUGGGCCCUGCACUGCCGAAGAAGACCUCUCCAAGAUACCAAAAAUUUGGCAGUACAGGACUGACAAGGAAGGACAGUCUGACCAAGGCACAGCUCUARGGAACACUUUUAAACUGAACGAUUAAAGAGAUCUUUACAAGUAUUUGCAUGACAAUAAUGAAGAUUCCUAAGUUAGUGAACUGUAUGGCUCCCUGCGGUAAACACAUACUUGUGAUGGGGUGUUACACUGUUGUUAUUUUUCUGUAUCUUAGCCACGGCACGUUCCAGUCUGCAGCAUUUAUUUUUUUCUAUUGUGCAUCUUAAUACAGUGUAGCAACCUAAUACCAGCUAUUCAGUAUGUUUUAUUUAUCAUUUAUGUAUUUUAUAGUAAUAAGAAUAAUUAGUGUCACUGGGAUGAAGGCUUGGACUCAGCUGAAUGAGGUCUCCGUUCUCUUUUUGGCGCCGUUAGCACACCKCAUAAAAGACUAUCAAUCCUGGUUUUAUUAGCAGCGGGACUGAUAACGAACAAAAGCGUGCGUAAUGAGGUGAAUUAUUUACUCKUGUUGGAAAAGGGUUCUCCAUUAUGUGUUGUGAACCGUGCUGACUGCAAGAUGUUAAAACGACCUAUCCCCUUUCUAUUUUCUCCUAAACAAAAUGCAUGUUGUAUAACACACAUAAAAGGGUAGGAAAAAGCACUUAUAAAUUGUUCGGCACAGGGACAUUAUCUGUAUAGGAACCUUUAUUUUCAAACUGUGUAAACAGAUAUAAUAUACAGUAAAUGUCGACUUUAUAUGAUAUUGAGUAUUUUCUAGCAAAUUAGCUUGAUUUAAUUCUUCAGUCUAUUAAGCAAUUGCCUGGAUUUGUUCAUCGAAUUUCACAGAUUACAUAGGAUACAAAAUAGGGCAAAAUUUCACGUAGAACAUGUACAAAUGAAACAAACUACCCACUGGUUAGGAAUUAUUACACAUAUAUUAAYUGAAAAUAUUAGCUGCAAGACUUGUGAUUUUAUACAGCUGGAGUUUUUCAUAUUUUGUAACAAAAUUAGUUAUUAAUUUGGGUUGUUGUACUGCACAUUAGCUAAACCAGGACACCUGUGAAGUUGCCUUAAUCCUGUUCGGACAGAAUGAUCUCCUUUACAGCAUCUAACAACUGUGUACAGUGUGUUUUUCUCCAGCAAACUGAAAGUCCUGCAGAAUACCAACAAAGGUGGCUAUAAAAACAUUGGAGUGAGUAUUUAGUUAAAGGCUAAAAUGUACAGUCACUGUGUUGCAUUAAACCAGCAUUCUCAGUUUUACAGAGAUAACACUGUGAAAAUAAAUCAGUUGUGUAUGUAUAGAUAAAUAUAAAGUAGCAAAGGCAUGCUGUCCUGUUAGUGAGAAAYUAAAAUGUUCUACAGAAAAAAUAGGAGACCCUGGCUUAUGAAUAUGAYGAGCUGCAGAGAGGUUGUCUUGCUGCCAAACAGUCAUGCAACCAUCUGCUACUCUUGUGUCGAAAGUUGCCAAAUGACAAUGUUUCAACAUCUGUGCUCCCCAACUUUUCUUUCCGCCUGUGUGGCUCUGAAGAUCUAAGGCAGGAUGAUGGGCAUAAGGAACUCAGCUCUGUCCUGAGCUGUGAUGAAUAAGAUUUGUAUUUUUUUUUUAUCUCUACCUCUCAUUCAUCUGAGAACUAACUUAAAGCUGUUCUGGAGAUUAUAUCCAAAACUUUACACCACCGUUCACGGCGUUUUGGAGCUAAAUUUAGUCAUAAAGCGGUAAAUUUAUUAUUUUUUUUUUGUGGACAUAAUGUGCAAAAACAGAUGCAACAUAUACAGAUAUUAUACUAUUUUAAAUAGUUUUAGUUCACGUUUUAUUUAUUGAAUGUUUUGACCCUGAAUGACAAGGCUGAAGUGGUUCUGUUCUGUUCUACCUCCAGCCCUGUUUCUGGACCUAAAGGCCUGGCGUCUCACUACACUGUUACCAUGUUUGUCUGUCUGAUGCAUGGUUAUAGAUUUUUGCUGUCUGUUUAUUUAUUUAAUAAAGGUGGGUGUUGGGAAAAAGGCAUGGUGGUUUUUUAUUUUUUUGAAUUAUUAUUAUUUGUACACCCUGCACACUUUGUUUCCUUUAUUCUUUCUUUUAUAUAUUUAAACAUAUGUUGUUUGUAUAAAUGUCCUCUGUACGUUAGGGAGUUAUUCUCAAUUGUAUUUUAUAGCUUGCUUGCGAGGCCAUUUUUGCUCAAUAAAGCUUCGCAAAUUUCUAAUUUCAGCAGAAACUAAUUGAGAAAUUCCCAGACUUUUUACAGGAGAUAGGAGCAUAAUAUAAAACAGCAAAAAGCCCAGUUUGAACGUUUCUUUUCUUAUAAAUUUUUAACACCCUUCAUUAAAUUGCCUCUUUUCUGUUUUGCUUUAUUUUAGAAACUGUUUACGACUUCUUGAUUUCAAAGCAUUUUUUGAAUAGAGAAAACUUUUUUUCAGAUUAGUAUAACCUUGCUAUUACUAAACUCAGCGUCAAAUAUUCUAUAUUUAUCUCUUUUGUUAUUUGGUGAUUUGUUUUCAGACUCAAAUGCCAGCAGGAAAUAAAAUGAAAAUUGAAACAAAAUACCUGCAGAUAACUUCAAACAGCAGCAGAUUCCACUAACAUGCUUGUGCACAUUUAGAUUCCCAAACUGCUUAGAGGUUAUUUUUAGAUUUUAAAAGCUUUGAUUUUUAUAUUUUCUAUUAUUAAUACAAGWAGAGCCUAACAUCAAAGGCACCAAAUGGAAAACUAUCAAAUAGAUUAUCAGAAAUACAUAUUUAGCUUUUGUUUUUGGCUAAAAAAA